UUACAACAUCCAACCACAACGUCAUACCCCGGACACCCAACAACAGAGUACGAUGCUAUGAUUUAUUGCCAGACCACCAUCCUUUCACUUUCAAAUUUCAUCCUGAAACACAUACCUUAUACCAGUUCAGUCAUAAGAGAAAAGGUCAUAAAGUGGGACGAGAAGGAUCACAACUAAAAUAAUCACGCAAUUGGCAAUUGAUACUCAGCAUCUUACCACCGUUCCUCAUAAAAUACACGACAAAUCAUAAUCAUGAAGCUAGAUUCCGCAAUUGUCAAGGCCCUGAGCCUCGAUCCAGCCGUCAUAUCUGUGGCCUCGCACGGCGGAUCCGGAUUCUCAAGCACAUCCAAGGUUUCCACAACAGUGACAAGCCCCGAGGGAAAGGAGGAGAAGCGCAACUUUUUCGUCAAGACAGGCAAGGGAAGAGACGCCGAGAUUAUGUUUGAAGGAGAACACACUUCCCUCAACGCCAUCCACGACGCAGUUCCCAGCCUAUGCCCUGCCUCUCUCGCAUGGGGCAAACUCUCCGACUCUCCCGGCGGUGCAUUUCUGGUCACCGAAUUCCUUGACCUAGGAGGCGGCAGCAUCUUCAGCCCCUCUUCAUCCUCAUCAUCGUCAGAAGGAUCGGGAAUGUCUCUCGCGCAAAAGCUCGCAAAGCUACAUACUACCCCCGCGCCUCCACCGCACGACGGAUCGUCUGACAAACCCAUGUUUGGUUUCCCCGCAACCACAUGCUGCGGCGACACGGCGCAGCCCAAUGACUACAAGGCCAGCUGGGCAGAAUUCUACGCUGAGAACAGGCUACGCUUCAUUCUGCGCCAGAGCGAGAGCACAAACGGCGCAGAUGACGAACUCCGCUCGCUCGUCAAAAAGACUGCAGAUGUCGUCGUGCCGAGAUUGAUUGGAGACGAAGUACUGAAUAAUGGAAAAGGCGUCACCCCCGUGGUCACACACGGCGAUCUUUGGUCCGGUAACAAGUCCCGCGGAACCAUUGGAGGUCGGCCGGGCGUCGAGGAUGUCGUGUUUGAUCCGAGUGCGUGCUAUGCUCACGGCGAGUUUGAUCAUGGUAUCAUGAGCAUGUUUGGUGGGUUUGGAAAGUCGUUUUGGGAUGAGUACCAUCGCUAUUGCCCAAAGACGGAACCACAGGACCAGUGGGAAGACCGAGUGGCUCUGUAUGAAUUAUAUCACCACCUCAACCACCAUGCCAUUUUCGGCGGAUACCGCGCCGGAGCGGUAUCCAUCAUGAAGAAACUCUGGAAGAAAUACGGCGACUAACUUUGUCCCAUUUAUUUUUAUUUUUAUUUUUAUUUUUAUUUAUAUUUAUUUUCAUCUUAUUACCUAUCCCUUUGGCCCUCAUUACGUAUAGAUGAAGUAUCGUGUAAUAUAUACGCGCAAUAUAUCCAAGAGUCCGAGAUAUUUUGUAUAUAGAUAUCAAGUUCCCGUAGAGGCAUUUUACAUAGUAUCCCCAAUCACGAAGCCGUACAUUCUGUUUCCAAUAUAAACGCGCACAUUUCAUUC